CCCCCGCCUACUGCUGUCAUGUCCAACCUAGCAGUGAGGUCAGCCGCAGGUGUAGGAGGUGCUGCGGCAGAGAAAGUUCUUCUCCAUCACGGUGUAGGACAUCAGGCCAGCACCGGGGGUAAAAACUACAAAAGAGCUAACGUGUGUGUGGCGGAGGAGGCAGGUCUAAGGUACCUGUCUGCAGGAGCAGGUGCUGGGGUAAAGAAUGCCUCUGCGUCUGCCAUCGCCACACCCGUGGGAGCCUCAGCGGAUGCUGCUGCCUCUGUGGCUGAGGCCAAUGCCAGCGCUGGCUUGGUGGAGGAUGUGUUGGAAGCCCAGGCAGGAGCUUCGAUGUAUAAAGCAUCAGCACAUGCUGGAGUUGGAGUGGGGGAGCUGGGGGUACGGGCAGGAGCUGAAGCAUCUGUGGCUAAAGUUUCAGCAGGCAUCAGUAACACCCCUCUGCAGGCCCAUGCUGUACUUGCUGGGGCAGAUGCUGAAGCUGGAAUAUGCUGGAAGUAUGCGGGUGUCAGUGCCGGAGCAUAUUUAGCAGAGGCCAAAGCUGGACCCUUUGCAGCACGAGCUGGCGUCAAAGCUCUGCUUUCUUUCAAACAGGCGGAGUACUGCGACUCCUCAGAAGUGUACAUGGACAAUGUGUCCCUCUAG